AUGCUGGAUUGUCCUGAAAUUCCCGUCACCAUGUUCAAUUAUCUUGAGAAAUUUUGCACCAGAAAGAACUUGAAAGAAAACCGUUCUCAUGCUGGAAAUUAUCGGAGCCAGCUCCGACGUUUCGAAAUCCAUAAUCCCCAAAUUCAUGUCAAAAUCGAUCCACAAUUUAUGGGUUCUUCUCCCAAAUUCCGACUAAUUAAUCGUACCUUCACCACAAACCUUCAAUCGUUAAUGGAUUCCCCCAAAGUUGUAACCAUUUCCAUGACGGAUUACGACGCUACAGAUUCUUCAAGUGAUGAAGAAAACCCCCAAUUUCGUCGCCGGAAAGUUAAAAGGUAUAUGACUGUCAUUAAACUUCAACAGAAUUUUUCUGGGAAGAUUUCGAGUGAAAAUGGUGGUAGCAAAAAACAGUCUCGUCGGAAAAAGGAACCGGCGGCGGUGGGGGCGAGUUCAGGGAGUGAAAGGAAGUUUAGAGGUGUACGCCAACGGCCGUGGGGGAGGUGGUCGGCGGAGAUUCGUGAUCCGGCACGGCGGACGAGGGUUUGGUUGGGUACUUUUGAUACGGCGGAGCAAGCGGCGUUGGUUUAUGAUCGGCGAGCAAUUGAACUACGUGGAUCACAAGCACUCACAAAUUUUCUACAACCACCACCACCACCACCACCGGUGAUUGCUCCGGUUUCGGUUUCCGGUCAAUAUUCCCGCAAGGAGUCGCCGGAUAUUUGCUCGCCGACUUCGGUUUUACGGUUUUGUAAAACGGAGGACGUUUCAGAGAACCCCACGAAACCGAACGAACACGAACCAUUUACCAAAAACCCGUUUUCAGAUGAUUAUUUCCGUUAUGAUUCAAAUUCCGAAUACGAUUUCUUUGAUUUCCGGAUACCGUCUCCGAUGAUUCUCGAAGAAAUAAAUUUUCCCGACAAAAUCGAUACAGAAUCGAGCAAAAUUUUAUCGGGAUUGGAUGAUGAUUUGGAAUCGUGGGUAUCAGAUGUCGACAGUUUCUUCCAAGAUCCUCUUGCUGCGAAAUGA